UGCCGGCCGAUCCCAGAAUUAUACUUGUGAUCAGACAAGUUUGAUAAGUAUAAUGUCUCUUCAAAUUAAUUGGCAAGCUAUUGCAGCUACAAUAAUACCUAAUGUAGGAGGAAUUGCAGGUGGAUUUAUCACAAGACAAGCUAUACCGAAGUGGUAUGAAGGCCUUAAGAGACCAGAAUGGAGACCACCAAACAAGGCCUUUGGCCCAGUCUGGACUACCCUUUAUUGCAGUAUGGGUUAUGCUUCUUAUUUGGUGUUUAGGGAUGGAAAUGGCUUUGGUGGAAGUGCCAGAUUACCAUUGAUUGUUUAUGCCAGUAAUGUGGCCUUGAACUGGGCUUGGACUCCAAUUUUUUUUGGUGCCAGGCGUAUAGAUUUGGCUCUAUGUGAAAUGCAAUUGGUCAACGCUACAGCAGUGGCGACUUGCUACUUGUUCCAUCAAAUAAAUCCUGUAGCAGGAUACUUGAUUAUUCCCUAUUGUAUGUGGUUAGGAUUGGCUACCGCUUUGAACUACGCAAUUUGGAGGGACAAUAGGGGAAGUGCAACAAUUGAAGAAGUUAAAGACAAGUGAAAUCAAAAAUCUUGAACCUAUAUAAUCCCUUAUUUCUGUGUGGCGCACCUACCUCCGACAAAGCAAUAUUGUUACAAAAACUUUUUAAUAAACUACCAAUAUCUAUAUU